AUGUCGGUCUCGACGGAAAGAUCGCCAGAAGAGGAGGUGGUGUCGAACGCGCAGGAGUGGGGGGCACUCGCGGAGUACGAGCGGUCAGAGGCCGUGUACCACCUGCUUAAGCGCAUUUCUGGGACGUGUCUGCGCCACGGCCACCUCCGCGUAAUUGAAAGAGAGGAGUUGAUGUGCUGCGGCGCUCAUGCAGAGCCCAUGAGCAUCACGCGCCGACUGCUCCUUUACGGGCACGUGCGGUAUUGCCACAGGGAGGCACUGUUGGCGUUCGUGCGGCAGGUGCGCCUGCAUUCGGUGCGUGACCUCGACACUGCUGUCACGGCGGGAUUGCAGGCAGGGGACCUUGUGCCGCACCUGUUGCUGGAGCCUCUCACGCCGUCUCUCCACACCAACGCGUACGCGCUUUGGCACCGUGUCUAUUGCGCCAUGCGAUGCGGCAUCUUCCGCAACAUGGAAGUGCGGCAACAAAAGAUGAAGCACCGCCUACGCCAGCUGAUACGCGAGUCAGCGGUGACGUUGUCGACCAGCGAAACAGCAAGCUACAAGGAAGCGGGUACUCGGGAGGAGACUGCGGCCGCGUUGCCAGACAAGUUGAGUACCUCAGGGAACGCAAACACGCUGCGCUUCUACGCGCAGGAGUUCGCCCACCUCGUAGGCAAAGAUGCCCGCGCGCUGAGGGAUGAAAGCGGCGCGGACGGCUGUCGUGCGCCACAAGCGCUGGAGGACUUCAUGGCCACCACAAAGGAGACGCGGGUCUCGCUGGCCUGCAUUGCCGCCACUGUCCCUUCCGUCUUCGUCGUGUGGUCGUGCCGCUACCCCGAAUGCGUGGAUUGGCUGCAGCGGCAUCUGUUUAACGACUCUCACCUGAAAGAGGUGCUGGACGAAACCGGACUCUCAGGACGGUACGCGGUCCUCCUGGACAAAGAUCCUUGGAUGUCGUUUGCAGCCGAGCAGGGCGACGUGCUGCCACGCCUCCCGGCGAAGGAAACCUUUCGCAUUGAGCUGCUGAAGCCGCUUCCGAAGCGGGCGCAAAUUGUUCUGCUGAACGUGGACGAGGAUGUCGCCGAAGCCCGCAUGGCGUACGAGGACCUGAAAGGAGGACUCCAUGGUUGGAAGAGCCCCGAAGUCGAUCUGCUGUCGCUUUGGUGUGGCCACCAGGGACUUCAAUCAGAGGUGGCGACUCUCUUCCGCAUCGAAACACUCCCCUUCAUCGUCGACGCGCGCCCGGGAGGCCGCAGCAGAUCGUCGAAGGCGUCCUCUCGAGCGACGGCGCUCGUGAAUAACAGUAGACAUCCAGUGAUUGUGCGCUCCUCACAUGGUACACUUGAGGUGGCGAAGGAUUUGUACGGCAUCGCUGACACACCGAAGAUGCGCCGCAGGCGAGGCGAGCGCGGUGCACCGACGCUGGCACUGUCUGAGAACGACAACGCAUGGCAUAACCUUGCUGCGUCAGAGCGCGCCCACAUUGCCGACCGGCUGAGCAAGCACAUUACGCAAUGCCGCCUUCCGUUGUGCUUCACCGCCUUUGUUGGACGGGAGUACGUGAUACGCAACCCUUACACCAGUGAUCCAUGGAGGGCUCUGGAGUGUGUCGCCAGUUCGUCCGUGCGACUCGACGGCGAGUACGUCACCGGGCAAGACUUGAUGCCGGUUGCCACAGAGCUGCGUCGCAUGCACCAGCUAGACGGUUUUCAGUCCAACGUCAGUAUCAUAGAGCCCUCGACUCCGCUUGUGUCGUCGUUGAAUUUGGUGACACCGCAAAUGCGACUGGAGGGAAGAACCCACGUUGUCACGUGCGCCCACUGCCAGCUGGCCAUGGACGUCGACGCCGUUGCGCACUUAAGAUGCUUACAUUGCGCCUCGAGUGAUACGAGUGCCAUUCUGUGUGAGGUGUGCGCCUUCACAGCUCUGCACCAUCCACCUCACCACAUUCUUCUGCGGAUUCCAGCUGGCGUCUGGGCCCCGUCGCUACCGUUGCUGUGGGGACCUUCCAACGUCGCUCCACUCGCUGUGCUUGCGGAACGAUUCAAACCAAACCCGUCCAGGUACCACUACGGCAUCUACUGCAAUCGGUGCCGCAACAUGAUCCGUGGUACGCGAUGGAAGUGCGCGCGCUGCUACCAGUAUGACCUGUGUGACACAUGCGCCAGCAUCUACAGCAAGCGAGCAGCCUCCACGAAGUCCAAAUCAGGUAUCAUUGCCUGCGGAGACGCACUGCUGCCCGCGAUGCCCACCUCGUCACCAUCACCGCUGCGGCCCACGCCGCACGUGGCACCGUUCUGCAGCGAGGACGCGACGCACCCAAUGCUCUUCAUCCCUCACCUGCAGGGGUGUAGCGCGAACAGCUUUGUGAGGCCGCCGUGCACGGCAAACUUAAGCGAGUGGUUGCGUAUACUCUGA